UGCACCACAAGACUGAUAAUCUCCUCGUCCCUGAUUCACCACCAGAGUACUGUUGUGGAGGUAAUUUGCCAUAAUCGCUCUUGAUAUAUCUGCCAAAUCUGACAACCAAACUCGCCUCUCAACCGCUUCAAAUCUUCAUGUCUGGAGCUUUGUUCUCUGCUCCUUGUUGACAUCAGUCGCACAGAAUCCUUCUAGGUUCUCCCCCGCCCAUGCAUGCACUUCAGCACAUUUGCACUGCACCGCACCAGCAUAGCUCAGCUCAGCACGGUACAACCCAGAGUUAAUCUUCUGCGGUGUUAUCAAGAGCAAACAUUCAGACACAGACACCACAACCUUUAGGAACAUCCCUGAAAAUCCUGUCAAAGUCAGUUACCAGCAAUAGGUUUGGACCGUUGCUUACGAGCCUCAGCCCUGUAACAGAUGUGAAAUAGAGGCGACGGGCUGACUCAGACCUCUCCUCUAGAUGUCAACAAUUCCUGCUCCUUCUCAGGGAUAUACCGAUCGAGGCUACGGUGCCAACAGUCUCCCUCAACCUUCCCAUAACAAUACAUCUGCCAACGACUUUGGUAGUGCGCCAGCCAAUCCAGCGCAAUCAUCCCCCUUGGCGCAAUCCUCAGCACAACCACCACAGAACCGCGGACGAUUUAACGAAGAGUGGGACGCCAGCCAGCGAGGCAGCUCGAUCGUAGACGGCCAUAUGCAGCGCCCCAGUUCCGUCAUGUCGUCUCUCGGGGCGACAUUGAUCCCUUCGCGUGGGGGAACUUUAAAGAAGAAAGGUUCUAUCAAGAGAUCCGGGUCCUUGAGACGCUCGGGAAGCCGCAGAAGCUCGAGGGCGGGCAGUGUGCGUAGCUUAGCCCUCCAUACAACUGGAGCGGAGGGUGAUGAGGCACACAGUGCGUUCUUUUCGCCAGUCCCAACCUCCGGAAAUCCAACAGAGAUUCUCGCAAACCGAUUUCAAUGUAUGUAAACUUAUUGCUUGUGCUUGGAAUGGUUUAGGGUGCAUCUUGAAUCUUGCUAAUACGUGAACGCAUAGCAUGGCGGAAAGUCCUGAAAGACUUGAUUACAUAUUUCCGAGAAAUCCAGGCCUCAUAUGAUCAUAAAUCCAAAACUCUCCUCAAGAUUUCCAACGUCAUCAACAACACCUCUACGCCUCCCAUGUUUCUGCAGUCUGGUGGAAUUGAUGAUGCGCUACAAAUCCUGCGCGGCUACCACAAAAAUGCCAUUGCCGAGGCUAACAAGUCAAAAGACAUUGAAAACGAUGUUAUAUUGUCUCUUGUUGGCCUACGUAAUGAUUUGAACCAAAAGAUCAAGGAGAUCAAAAGUUUGUCUGGAGAUUUCAAGAAUUCUGUUGACAAGGAGAUGGAGAAUACCCGAAGAUCUGUGAACAGCCUGCAAGAGGGCCUUGGACAGGCUGAUACUGAUCCUUCCCAAAUGACAGGCAAACAAGAUCCAUAUCUACUCAAACUUGCUGUGGAUCGCCAGAUUGAGAAGCAGAUUGAUGAGGAAAAUUAUCUUCACCAAGCUUAUUUGAACCUCGAGGCUUCGGGUCGAGAGUUGGAGUCUAUUGUGGUAGGAGAAAUUCAAAAGUCAUACAAUGCGUAUGCUGGUAUUCUCAAGCGGGAGGCAGAUAGUGCCUAUGAUGCGAUUGAGGAGCUUCGAACAGGUCCUAUUUCAAUGCCGAAGGACCAUGAAUGGUAUGCUUCCAACCCCUGAAUCAUACUCGGCAAAAAAUGUACCAUUUAUUGCGAAUGAUGACUAAUUGAGUUCCCAAUAUUUAGGCAGGAAUUCGUCGAAGCCGAUGAGCACUUUGUAGACCCCAAAAUACCCGUUCGAGAAGCUCAUAACAUCCAUUAUCCAGGCAGAGACAACUACUUGGCCCAAGCAAUUCGCGAGGGCUUAUUAGAGCGUAAAAGCAAGUACCUCAAAAGGUAAGUUAUCCUCCGAAUAUACUCAGUAUGGACAUCGCUAAUAUGAGCACAGUUAUACACCCGGAUGGUAAGUCAAAUUCACUUUCAUAAAAUCACCAAGAAAUACUAACUAGAUUCGAGGUAUGUUCUUUCUCCUACUCACCUCCAUGAGUUCAAGUCCGCGGACAAAACUCAAGCCCCUAUCAUGUCUCUCUACCUCCCCGAACAGAAACUUGGAUCCAAUUCCACUCGGGGCGCAUCUUCAAACAAAUUCAUGCUCAAGGGACGCCAAACGGGCUCGAUGCAUCGCGGUCAUUCUUGGGUAUUCAGAGCGGAGUCCUAUGAUACGAUGAUCAGUUGGGUCGAAGAUGUUCGAACUUUAACGGAAAAGUCGCCCCAGGAACGCAACGCCUUUGUACGCCAGCACGCCCGCAGUGUCAGUAACACAUCACAAAAAGCUGGGUCCAUAAGUAGCGACGGUGUUAUGGAUGAGGAGGACGAGGAGCCAUUUUCGGCGAACGCUUCAUCUGUCGUCGCAGCGACACCAACGCAAGACGGGUCUAGGCGUCCUCAAGCAGGUGGGCGAUUCCCCUCGGAUCUUCAAGUCAACACACAACGUGGCUUACAAGCUCCCCUCUCGGCAUCUAGUGGAAGUUCGAAUAUAGGAGACGCCAAAGACUCGGGUAUGGUCGCCACUACUAGCGCGCUUCCUGACAAUGCAGAGGAUCAGUAUGGAGGAGAAAAAUUUCAAUCUCAUGCCGAUGAGGUCGACAAGCGGGUGAUGAAGGAUGGUGUCAAUCCCUACACUUACGAACCCAUUCAGGAGACAAUCGCUCGACGCGAGCAGCAAACUGCUCCAACAGCAGGGCUAGGAGGAGUGGCGAUAGGAGCUGCUGGAUUUGAAGCAUACAACGAUCAAACCCUACUUGAGAAGGAGGCAGCUCAAUACGAUUACUUUUCACAGCAACAACUCGCUGUCCAGGCCGCAAGAGAAGCUACCAUGAUAGCCGCUCCGGACACCGAUAUCAAAAGUUCUAGCCAGGCCCCCCAGGAAACUUACGUUCCAGCCCCAGUCACGAUGUCUGCCGCCUUGCGUAAUGUCUCUGAAACUUCCCAACUACAAGACACUCUGGCCGGGGAGACUCCGCUUGUCGAACCCCGUCCUCCCUUUGCGAAUGCACCAAGACACGAAAGUGUCCAGAGUAUCAGCCAACUUCAUGUCCCAGGCGAAUUCCCUCGCAGCACCACCGAGCUAAAGAGUCCAACCAGUCCCAUCAGUCCCCCCGUGCCUGUCCAGAAGGAAUCGUAG